AUGUCUCCCCGUCCCAGCUUUGGCAAGGCUUGCAAGGCUUGCAAGGCUCUGCACCGAGCUGGCUCCGACCGAGCCUCCGACGCGGCCUUGCUCGGUCGCCACUUGGUGUCUGGCCCAGACGUCAGGCGCAUCCUUUCCCUCAUAUCUGCUGCGAUUGUUAUUCUUGUCGUACUGACUCUUGCAAGCUCCCUCUACUCCUCCCCGUAUGCCGUCGCGUCCGUCCUCGCCUUGCGAGAAGCGCACCUUUGGCGUGCCAACUAUCGUCCUCAGGAUUGCCCAACUGACCCCCUCACAGCCGAGGCCCACUGUGACCGUCCGUGCUCGCCGCCGCCCAAGCAGAUUGUGCUCCUCAACCCAUCAGCAUCAUAUGGUGCCCGCCGGUUCGGCCUGGGCGGAACUGCAACCCUCCGCUCGCUCGUCAUUGUCAUCCUCCUCGCCCUUGCCGCGUGGCACCUGUACGCCACUCUGGACAUUGCUGGCGCCAUCCAUGUGUCCCCGCAAGUGAUGCAGCCCUAG